AUGCAGCUUCGACGAUUUUUGCUCCUAGGUAUGCUCCUCGGAGCCGAGGCCACUCAACUCGUUGCCCGUCAAAAUUCCAACUCCGACUCUGCCGCCGCUGCCUCAAGCAAUUCCUCUCCCGCCAGCACUGCUGCAGCCGAUACCACGAGCAACAACUCUGCUGCCACUACUGCAGCAGAAGCUACUACCGCCGCCCAACCUACCGACGAUUCUAGUACCGCUGAUAGAUCUACUACCGAUGGAUCUUCUGACGGAGGCUCAACUACAGCUGAGGAUGUUAUCGUUACCAAGACGGUGACGGUCACUGAUGCCGAUGCCAAGACCGUGAGCCGUCAGACUACUGUCAUGAAGACUAUCACAUCCACUGUCGUCGUUACGUCGACUGCGUUCGAUACCACGACUGUUACUAGCAGUGACGCUGCGACCGCAACGACUACGACCUACGUUACCUCCACACAGUGGGCUAACGAGAAGCGUGCCAUCGAUUUGGCCCCUCGAACCAUUGGCGGUGUUGAACUCGUUGCCCCUGCUUUGCCUACCUAUACUACUACCACCAGUGCUCCUCCUCACUUCGAUGUGCAAAUCGAUGGUGAACACUACGGUCUCCGAGCCUUCCGACGAGGUCUUCACAAGCGUGCUACUUCCACUACUACCAUUACCGUGACGGAGGGUGGCGGCGACUCCGAUACCACUGUCUUCAACACUAUUUCUCGAACCGUCAUUUCCACCGUCAGCAGCCAGACUAAGGUUACCAAGACCAUUACCGAGACCGAGCAGGCAGGUGCUAGUACCACUGUCACUGUCACCAGCACCCUUGUUGUCACAUCUACUAGAGUGACCACUGGUGUUGUUCGCACAGCGACUGUUGCUCCUUCUGGAGAGUAUGGUCCUUCUGGUACUGGCGGUUCCAGCUCUGAUAACAACAGCAGCAGCAGCAGCAGCAGCAACGACGGCGGCCUCUCUACAGGUGCCAAGGCUGGAAUUGGUGCUGGUGUUGGUGUUGCUGGCCUUGCCGUCAUUGCUGGUCUCGCCUGGUUCUGUCUUCGCAAGCGCCGCAAUGCUAAGAACAAGGCCGAGUACGACGAUGUCUUUGGCGCCUCCGAGGUUCCUGUUGGUGGCCGUGGUGGCGCUGCUGCUGCCGCCGGUACCAGCCCCCACAUGUCCCAAUCAACCGCCGCCGCCUCUACUCUGGCUCCCAGCCGCAACACCACCAAGUCCGAGGGCUACCGUGGUACUGCUCUUGGCGACGGACGUGCCGGUUUCGCCAAGCCCCAGCAGUUCGGCCGCAGCUACAUGCCCGUUAGCCCCGAAACCAACUACUCCCGUACUGCUGGUAGCGACCAGGCCUAUUCAGCUACCACUCCCGAGAACAACUACGCACACCCCGCGGGCGGCUCUCCCAACCACAACGCUGCUGAGAUGUACAGCCCUGCCAAUACAGCUGAGCUAGCCAGUGACAGUGCUGCCACCAAGUGGCAUCAAAAUGAUGCUGCUGAGAUCGAUGGCAACCAGGUUUCAAGCGCUCGUGGAACAGCACCCCCUGAGAACGUUUACGAGAUGCCCGCGCAACCCUACAGGUAA